AGCGCUCAUUCAGCUUUAUCGCCCAGAGAAGCGCUGUGGUUGCAGAGAAGUGCACAUAUGCUUCGCUUACAGGCAGUUUAAACAGGAUGUAGCGACUGAAACAGACCACGGAAAGAGAGAGGCAGACGGAGAAGAAAAGAGCAGCUCGAACUGUGUGAUGUGACAAUCCGCAGACAGACAGAAAUGACCGCCUCAGCGGAGGAGAGGAAGACGACAAGAGGGGUCCCGGUGAGAAGGCACCUCGCCGCCGCUGGCAGGUCUUGACGGCUGCUCCCGGUGACCUGAGAGAGCCGAGCUGAAAGCAGCAGGACGUUACCCACGCUGAAAAACACAGCACAGCCGGAACAGUCCACGACAACCUUGAGAGCGACCAUGGCGAGCCAGAGCGAUUGCUGUGUGAAGGUUGCGUUGAGGAUUCGUCCUCAGAUGGCCAAGGAGAAGAUCGAGGGCUGUCACGUGUGCACGCUGGUCACACCUGGAGAACCGCAGGUCCUCCUGGGAAAGGACAAGGCUUUCACAUACGACUUUGUGUUCGAUAUUGACUCAGAGCAGCAGCACAUCUACCAGACCUGUGUGUACAAGCUCAUCGAGGGCUGCUUCGAGGGCUACAACGCAACCGUGUUUGCUUAUGGACAGACGGGCUCAGGGAAGACCUACACCAUGGGGACGGGUUUUGAUGUGAAUCCGAGCCUGCAGGAGCAGGGCAUCAUCCCACGGGCCGUUCACCAGCUGUUUGAGGGCAUCCAGAGCAGGAGGGAUCGAGCCCAGGAGAUCGGCAUCCAGCCACCAGAGUUUAAAGUCAGCGCCCAGUUUUUGGAGUUGUACAAUGAGGAGAUCCUGGACUUGUUUGACGGAAGUAGAGAUCCAGAGAAUCGCAGCAGGAAGUCCAACAUCAGAAUCCACGAGGAUGCCAACGGCAGCAUCUACACCACAGGAGUCACUUCCAGACUGGUGCAGUCAGAGGACGAGCUGCUGCAGUGCCUGAAGCUUGGGGCUCUGUCCCGUACCACAGCCAGCACACAGAUGAACGCACAAAGCUCCCGCUCACAUGCCAUCUUCACCAUCCAUCUCUGUCAGAUGAGGGUCUUUCAGCAGCAGCAAAUGAAUGGAGGAGAAGAGAACGGCGAAGUGAACGGCGUAGACUCCUCCCCCAUCGCCCAGCCGGAGUACGAGACCCUGAUGGCCAAGUUUCACUUCGUGGACCUGGCCGGCUCAGAAAGGCUCAAACGCACGGGGGCCACUGGAGAAAGGGCCCGAGAGGGAAUCUCUAUUAACUGUGGACUGCUGGCUCUUGGAAAUGUAAUCAGCGCUUUAGGUGAUCAGACUAAGAAAGCCGGACACGUCCCAUAUAGAGACUCCAAACUUACCCGACUGUUGCAAGACUCGCUGGGAGGCAACAGCCACACAGUCAUGAUUGCCUGCGUCAGCCCAUCGGACCGGGACUUCAUGGAGACGCUGAACACACUGAAGUACGCCAACCGUGCCCGAAACAUCAAGAACAAGGUGGUGGUGAACCAAGACAAGACCAGCCAGCAGAUCAACGCCCUGCGUGCGGAGGUGGCCCGACUCCAGAUGGAGCUGAUGGAGUACAAGGCGGGUAAGCGUGUGGCAGGUGAGGAUGGGGCUGAAGGCUACAGCGACCUGUACCAGGAGAACGCCAUGCUGCAGAGAGAAAACGACUCGCUGCGCCUGAGAGUAAAGGCCAUGCAGGAAACCAUCGAUCAUCUCAACACACGGGUGACACAUCUGCUGGCCAAUGAGGUCAGCACUCUGCUCACCAAGUCAAGUGAAGGCAAUGAGGAGAUUGGAACGCUAAUACAGAACUACAUCCGAGAAGUUGAAGAACUCAGAUCCAAACUCCUUGAGAGUGAGGCCAUGAAUGAGUCACUACGUCGACAGGUGGCACGGCUCUCCUCUCGUUCCUUGUUUCCAGCCUCCGCUCUAAGCCCAGCCCCCGGCCAUCCCCCUGGCUCCUCCCCUAUAUCCAUGUCCAUGGAGGCCGAGAUGACGGAUGUUCUGCGGCGCGCCAAGUUGGACAUCGAGCGGCUGAAGAAGAAGGAAAGACGGCAGAGAAGGCUGAGCCCAGAGUUGGAGAAAGGUCUCAAGAAACGAGUAAAGCUGCACACUCAGGAAAACGGGGAGAAUCGGCGAAGCGGCGAAAAUGGACAGAAUGGAGAGAUCGAUUCAGAUGACAAUUACACCGAGGAUAUCAUGUCUCCGCUGCAGGAGGAGAGUGGCUGUGAGGAAGAUGAAGGCGAAGAUGAGGAGGAGGGCAGGGAGGAAGAGGAUGAUUUUGACAGUGACGAGAGCCUAGUGGAUUCAGAUUCUGACUCGGAUGAGAAAGCCAACUUCCAGGCAGAUCUUGCCGACCUAACCUGUGAGAUUGAGAUCAAGCAGAAGCUGAUCGACGAGCUGGAGAACAGCCAGCGGCGGCUGCUGAUGUUAAAGCUGCAGUACGAGGAGAAGCUCAUCCUGCUGCAGAACAAGAUCAGAGACACGCAGCUGGAGAGAGACCGCGUGCUGCAGAACCUCAUGUCCAUGGAAAACUACACUGAGGAGAAGGCCAGCAAGAUCAGGCAGGAGUACGAGAAGCGCCUCAAAGAAAUGAACCGUGAUCUGCUGAAGCUGCAGGCAGCACAGAAGGAGCAUGCACGUCUGCUCAAAAACCAGGGGAAGUACGAGCGGGAACUGAAGAAGCUCCAAACUGAAGUCAACGAGAUGAAGAAAGCAAAGGUGGUGCUGAUGAAGCAAAUGAAAGAGGAGCAACAGAGAAGGAGGAUGGUGGAGGCAAAGAGGAAUCGAGAGAUUGCUCAGCUUAAGAAGGAGCAACGGCGACAGGAGUACCAGAUUCGGGCGCUGGAGUCUCAAAAGAGGCAGCAGGAGCUGGUGCUGCGCAGGAAAACCCAGGAAGUGACGGCCCUGCGGCGCAUGGCCAAGCCCAUGUCGGACCGCGUGGCGGGUCGAGUUGCCCGCUGGAACCAGACGCCCCCAGUUACGGACUCCGGAGCUGAUUUGUCGGCCAGCACAGCGGCAAGCAGCUCCGAGGCGGAGACUGCGAGGACCGUGAGCGGGCUGGUGCGCCAGUGGAACAACAAGAACAACGCGUAUGGAUACAUGGCGGAGAGCGAGGGGAGUAUGGAUGGAACACGGGUGAUUAGCAGGAAGAAGCUGCAGAGGAAGCCAGUGGGCCUGGGCAGCACCGCACCUGCAGGCAGAGCCAACAACUUCUCCAAGUCUGCCCGUCUAAAGUGGCAAACCCUUGAGCGUCGCAUCAUGGACAUCGUCAUGCAGAGAAUGACCAUCUCCAAUGUGGAAGCGGACAUGGAUCGCCUUAUCAAGAAGCGAGAAGAGCUGACAAUGCAGCAGGAAGCUCUCUCACAUAAAAGGGAGAUACUGAUGGCCGACGGAGAGGGGCCAGAGGCGGAGGACCGCCUCCUUCAGGAAGUUAACGAGGAGAUCGAGGUGCUGAAUGCCAACAUAGACUACAUCAAUGACAGUCUGUCGGACUGCCAGGCCACCAUCGUGCAGAUAGAGGAGACCAAGGAUGAACUGGACUCGGUGGAUACCUCAGUGGUGAUCAGCUCCUGUUCCCUGGCUGAAGCACGCCACCUGCUGGAUCACUUCCUGAAGGCUUCCAUUGAUAAGAGCUUACAGGUGGCUCAGAGGGAGGCGCAGAUACGACUGCUCGAGGGUCAGCUGAGGCAGACUGAUGUGAUCGGCUCGUCUCACAAUCACAUGAUCCUCGACGCGCUGCGAGAAAAAGCAGAGUGCAUUCCUGAGCUCCAGGCUCUCAUCCACAACGUCCAGCAAGAAAAUGGUUACGCCAGCACGGAUGAGGAGCCCUCUGAGUUCAGCCAAGCCUCUGACAGCAGUGUUUCACAGAUGAAAGAAUCCAACAGCCAGGAUGACUUUAAAGUAAAGAUGGAGCCUCGCCUCUCGGCCCAGAUGAAGGCGGUGUCUGCGGAGUACCUCGGUCCCAUCCUGGAUCCCUCAUCAUCAAGCAGCAAGCAGCAGCACAUCACUAAGUCCCUAGCCUCACUGACCGACAUCCAGGAGGAUGGCUUAAGUCUCGUUCCAGGAAGUCUGGCACUGAGUGUUCCCCUCCGGGACCCUUUUCACAGGGAACGAGCGUCCCGCACAAUCAGCCUUCCUGUCAGAGGACACACUUUUCCCAGGCAGUCUCGAGGUUAUGACACUUCCCCCAUUACAAGAAGGAAAUCUUACGACCGUUCGUACAGGCCCACUGAUGUCUACACUCCCCCCUCCUCACCUCCCUUAAGGACAAGGAAUGAUCGCAACGUCUUCUCCAGACUGACCAGCAACCAAGCGCAAGGUUCUGCUCUGGACAAGUCGGAUGACAGCGACUCCUCGCUCUCCGAGGUGCUCAGGGGUGUGAUCAAUCCCAUUGGAGGUGUAAAGGGGGGUCGGACAGCACCCCUCCAGUGUGUCUCUGUUGCCGAGGGCCACUCGAAGCCGGUUCUGUGUGUGGACGCUACAGAUGAGCUGCUUUUCACUGGAUCUAAAGAUCGCACCUGUAAGAUGUGGAAUCUAGUCACAGGUCAGGAGAUUGCCACCCUCAAAGGGCACCCAAACAACGUGGUGUCGGUAAAAUAUUGUCCCUCUUCUGGUCUGGCCUUCAGCGUCUCCACCUCAUACAUCAAGGUGUGGGACAUCCGUGACUCUGCAAAGUGCAUACGCACACUCACGUCAUCAGGGCAGGUAGUUACAGGAGACGCGUGCGCUGGCACAACCACCCGGACAAUCACCUUUGCUCAGGGCGAGUGUCAGAUCAACCAGAUAGCGCUCAACCCAUUAGGAUCUGUGCUCUAUGCUGCUGCUGGAAACAUUGUUCGGAUGUGGGACCUUAACAGGAUGCAGGCAACAGGCAAACUCUCAGGUCACAUCGGUUCUGUCAUGUGUCUGACAGUGGGACAGUCUCUGCUGGGCAAAGACCAGGUCAUCACUGGCUCCAAAGACCAUUACGUCAAGAUAUUUGAUGUGGCAGAAGGAACUCUGGGUAAUGUGGGUCCCGCUCAUAACUUUGAGCCUCCGCACUAUGACGGCAUUGAAUGUUUGGCCGUGCAGGGAGACGUGCUGUUCAGCGGCUCGCGAGACAACGGCAUCAAGAAGUGGGAGCUGGAGCAGCAGGAGCUCACACAGCAAAUCCCGAAUGCCCACAAGGACUGGGUGUGCGCUCUGGCCUAUGUACCCGGCCGGCCCAUGUUGCUGAGCGCCUGUCGGGGCGGCAUGCUCAAGGUGUGGAAUGUGGAAAACUUUACGCCCAUAGGAGAGGUCAGAGGUCAUGACAGCCCCAUUAAUGCCAUAUGCACCAACUCCAGGCAUAUCUUUACAGCCUCCAGUGACUGCAGGGUGAAGUUGUGGAACUAUGUGCCAGGCUUGACCCCAUGUCUUCCUCGUCGGGUCCUGGCCAUCAAGGGCCGAGCCACCAGUCUCCCCUGAUUGUGUCCUCUGCACACCGAACCUCCUUUCCUCUGCGACAAGACAGUGAAGAUCUGGCUGUCAAAGGUGUGGAGGAAGAGGUGAGAAGCAAAGUGACUGUGUAUCCUCUGUCAGCCAUCUUGCUGCAACAGCAGCCGCUUCCAGCGACACGAUGUGACGCCUCAGUCGCAGUUUCCAAGGCAAUCAAGGUGUGGAUCAUGCAGAAAAAUGGAGGACCGGGAAGUCAAAAAAUAUGCCUUUCAGAAUUUUUCUUUUCUUUUUUUUAUUUUACUGCCAACUUUCAAAGUGCCAUUCUGCUGUGGUGCUACUUGGAGAUAAAUGUUGUCAGCCUGGUGAAGCAUCCGCCAAGCAAACAAUUUCUCACCUGACAUGAAAACAACCACCUGCAGCCUGGUACUAAAUGAAAGUGUCCUUCUCUUCUUUCACCAAGGUUUCAGGCAGUGAGAGAUGAAUCUGCUCAUGUAUCUGCUGGACUGCAGUAUUAGGGAUUGUCUCAAAAACAUUGUGGCUGCUUAGAUACUGAGCACAUUGAAUAAUCGUGUUAAAUGGUCAUGGCAGUGGAUCAGUGGACUACUGCUCAAAUGUCACUGGAAAAUUACAGACUACCACUAAUUGGUAUCCAGUUUUAGCAGCUGUAUGACUGGUUGUUUAUCAUGUUUGUGUUUUUGUUAUUAUAAUUUCUAAUUUAUUGUUUUUCUACCUCACUCGUUUUAAACUCUGACCUGAGAUGGCUAGAAAAAAAAUAACAUUUUUACAGGUCUUUGUGUGGAAACACUUGGUGCUUUAUGUCUCUAAGUCAUUCAUUUAAUCACUAUCGCUGUAUGGAUGUGUCCUGUGUGGGCCCCCUGGCAAUCACACCGACUGGUUGCAGAACAGAUAUGGAGGUAGCGUCGGUCCAGCAGGACCUGACUGAAUCUCAUUAUUCGUUCUGGAAAAGGCUAACUGCAGCCAAAGUAAGAAAAAGACGUGCAGUUUGCUGACAACAUGAGCACUCCUCACGGAGAUGUGUGGCAGGUAUUGCACUGCGGCCAAAAUGUUGGAUUGUAAUGCUGUCAACCUGCAGCACGGGUGCCGUUUUUGCCAUUUAUCAUUCAAGCGCCCACUCCAACACUUUCUGUCUCUUUCCUUUUUAAGGUUGCGCUUCACACUGACCUUACUUUGGAGUCCACCUUUUUCCAGCUUCUAAACUUCUCCCAGAAGCCAAUUUAAUUAGAGCUCGGCUCUUCCAGCUGCUUUUCAGGCAAGAUUUCUUGUGUGAAAGUAGGUCAUCACUGAGAGGGAUUCUUUUCUUUCCCCUCUUUUUUUUUUUUUUUGAUUCCCAGUUUUCUUCCACCCACCAUUUAGCUGCUACACUUUCAAGCAGGAAUAAACUUCCUGCGCCUGUGCACUGAUGUACAAAUCUGUUUAUGUGGCAGAUUAGGCGUGUGGGCAACACGCACAUAUGCACAUGCCACGGAUAAAUAAACAGUCUGAGAGGAUGUUUCGGCUAUCCAUCUUGUUUGAUGCGUCUUGGCAUCUUUCACUGUGUUGAUUUAGAGUCUCCAUAAUAACACAGAGACAUACACUCCUAGGCGCUGCAGCAUGCUCUAAAAGUCGCCUCCAUUGCCUUUUGGUUGCCUGACACCUUCUAAUACUGAAAAUAGCUCCACAUAAUUCCAUUAUAUCCUACCUUUUGCUUAACACCCCAUCAAAAAAAAAAAGAAAAAAAGAAGCUGGGACAAACUUCAAGCUUCCUGCCACUCAGAUGUCUUACGGCUUGAUAAAAAAAUAACAAAAAAACAGUUUAUGUCUGCUGGUCAUGUUCUGCUUAGCAAUAUCUGUUUUGAAAAACCAUGUUUUGCUCAUUUGGUGCACUUUUCCUCGCAGAAGACCCAGAGUCGAACAGUACGUAGUUAACUUACGAGUGAUGCUUGGAUCAGAAAACUGAGUUCAGAGGAGGAGAAGAAAGUAGAAAAAAAACAAGUUUCCUGUUAAACGUCCUGCUGCUGCUUCAUGUGUCCAACAUGAAUCUGAAGCUGCUUAAACUUGCGAAAAGCAAUUUUCUUGGUUGUAGUGUUCUGCUUAGGGGAUAAAACAUGAUUAUUCUAAUAAAGCGUUGUCUUGAAUAAUAUUUUGUUAUGAUUAGAAACUCAGGUAUAUGUGGAAGGAUUAUUUCAAACUUUAGUCAUAAUGUGACCCUGUGAACUAGCUUUUUCUACCAACCAAAUGCCUUGUUUGUGAGAAUAUUAUUAUUUUGAACAGAAAUGGUACUGUCAGUGUUUCAUACCACUUUGUGAAAUACUCAUUUUCCAUGUUUCAUGUUUCCAUUUGAUGCCCUUUACUUCUUAUCUAUGUACUGUGCCAGUUUUACACGGCACCUUCCCAAACUGGCCAAAACUGAAUGCCUUGAAAAUGUGCACUGAUGUAUAUUGUUUGUUUUUUUGUUGUUGUUUUUUUUUUUUUACCAUAAUGACAUCUUUAAAAUGUGUACAGUAUGUAAAAUAUGUAAGUAGCUGUCCUGUAAAGCUGGAGUGACUGGUACAUAAUGUGGUCAUUAGCAGGGUAAUGAACUUCCACAGAGCAAAAGAGUAGGAAACCUUGACCAUGAAGCUGUUGAGCCCUUCACUGCAUUUCUCUGUGCUAAUUAGCCUAACUGACCCUGCUCACCAUCACACCAGGCUCAGAGUGAUAGUAGUGAAUAUACAAGGUUAUCUCUUUCUUUUUCUUGCUCUUUUAGACUUCUGCUUGUUCUUUUUAGAGGCUUUGUAGUUCCACGGCUUUAGAUAAUCUGUUGCCCAUUGCUUGUACAUUUGCUAAAGGGUUUGUAAUGUCAGUUGUGCUGAUUGGUUGAUUUAACCUCUGCAAACAUUGCUGUUCAGUGGGGGACUUAAUUGUCUGUAUGUUGCUGAUCUAAGUGAUUAUUUAUUACCAUUGACAUGGUUAUUUUUCCUGGACUCUGAACAGCAUGCCAAGUAUAAGAGUUACUCAGACCAUGCAAAGAGUUUACGUGGUGCAUCUGAAUAGAUUUAAAUAUUAUUGAAAGGUGAAACUUGUGUACUCUAUGGCUUUGUUACGGGUUUAUCUAUUAAUUUUGUUGAUUGUACACUUGCCUCAAUCUUUUGAAUGUGGUGUGGAUUUUUUUCUCCCACACUUUUUUCACCCAUUAAUAUACUUUGGUGCAGAACUAUUUGAACAGAGAUCUUAACUGAAAGUGACCUGAAAAUGAAAAAUAAAAAAAACCUUGUCCGAAAAUUAGACAUUUUUAUUUUAAAGCCAACAAUUUAAAAAAUGAUUAAUUUAAAACCGUUAUGGUCAUAUGACUGCAUAUUUGAGAGUUGUCCAGCAGACAGUCAUGGACAGCCUCAGUAAGGACCUUAAGCCCUAACAGGUCAUUUUUAAAGGAACUGGCUGUUUACAGAGUGCUGCAUCAGUAAUGGAGGAUUGAGUAAAAAGAAAAAAGAAGAAAAGAUCAACAAGCAACAGAGAUAAGUGCAGCUUCAACAUGGCUGUAAAGCAAAGUUCAUAACAGAUUCACAGAACGAUAUAUCAAGAGUUUUACUUUUAAAAAUUGUUGCAAAAAAAGCUUUUUGAAGAUAUUCUAAGCUAUUGAGAUGCACCUUUUACUGUUUUCUGUUGACCCCAAGCUCUGACACUUCAAACUAUUCAGCACCACCCCAUUACUUGAUGUGUAAAUAAUUGUACCAUAUGAUUUUUUUUUAAGCAUUGUAGCAAUGAAUUUGAGUUCAACUGACUUCUUUCAGAUCAGUUGGUCUCAGAUUGAUCUCUGCAAUUUAGGAUUUACGAGCACUUUGGAAAACAAACUUGCUGCAAACACUUUACACCCUGUUUUCUAGAUGUAGAUGAAGCCAUGUUUUUAUCUUACCUUAUUAAAAAAUGCAGACAUUGUCCUAAAAAAAAAGCACACCUGUUUAAAUCUACUGUAGGUUUAGAAGUAAGUAAUCAUAUUAGUUCUAGGAAAUAUUACGUGAUGGAAAAAGGAAAUAAAAGGUAGUCCUUGCUUUCAGAUUAGCUUUUUAAUCCCAUUUUAGGGCAUAACACAACUUUAUAGAUGCACAUGAGACUUUAUCUUCUUUUUCUUAGUUGUGUCUUGAUAUUCAAGUUCAGUUGUCAGUAAUGACCACAAACCACAUGUUAAACUGUCUACUACGCAAUCAGGAAUGUAUGCUAAUCUUGCUAAGAGUUGCAUUCUGAUUCAGGCAAUACAAAAUAGGCAACUUCUCAAGAAUGCUGGAAAUAUUUUAAAAUAUAGGAAUGAAGGAAAAAACCAUCAGUAUGCAGUGGAACAGUCUACCUCACUAGCUGCAAACCGCAAAGCAAAGUGCUUAAAUGUCUGGUCAAAAAGAAAAAAGAAGAAAAAAGCUUGGGAAUUGAAUUGAAAGAAACAUUGUAAUGUAAUUUAUCUAACUGUCAAAUAAAAUUUCAUCCUUGGUAGAUCAUGCAAAUUUAUCCAAAUUUGAAAAACAUUAAGAGAUACUUGCUGGAACCUUUUACAGGUUAAGCCUCCCAGAGCAUACUGCAACAAGUCUUAAAAAAUGAGUCAGAAGUAAGUAGUAGGCGGCUUUGAACGCAGCAUGCAUUUAUUUGUUUAAAUUCCCAACACUGGUCGCCCCCAGCUCAGUGUAAACCUCAGUUUCCUGAUUUAUUGUCAGUACACAUGACGAACUCCACUGUCUGGAGAAGCACAGUCAUUUUCUAAUAAUAGCACGGAAAACUUAUGUUUAAAGGUUUGGACAGAUACCACCAAAACAGAAUACUUCUGAAAGGGAUAUUUAAUUUGUUUUAAGGUAGGGUUGGGUUGAAUGAUUGACACAGUUUGGAGAAAAAGUGAGACAUUUUCAUGGGGGAAAUCAAGCUAAAUGCUGCACAGGCUCAGUAAAGAUGUAUUUCUUUCAUUGUCUGAAAUGUCAAAAACCAAUAUUUCUACUUUAGAUGGCAUAUUUGUUAUGAGUACACUUUUGCGUGUAAAACUUGUUUACAUUGCUGUUUUCAUUGUUAUGCUGACUGAGCUGGAGUUGUUUAAAAUAUCCCACUAAAUCUUUUAGUGGGAUAUUUUAGGUCUUUUAGUGGGACCUAAAAUAUCUAAAUAUCUAAAAUAUAGAUAAAUCUUUUGCGUCUGAAAUUUUGGUCUUAAGAAGACAUUGUACCCGUUAGUAAAGUUUUAAGAAUAAACUGGGAAAGUGUGGGUUUUGUUUGGAGAAACAUUUAGCUGCUUCAGUUUCCAUAGCAACACAGAUCUAAGGUUAAAAAAAUAGUGCUAACGUUAGCAACAUCCAUUAUGAUUAAUUCCAGAGUGUAGAAGUGAGGUACUGUAGAGUUAUCAUCACUAAUGGCUCCUUUACAUAUCAUAACUCCAUGAGCUUGUAGAAAAAUUAUGUAAAUCCUGAGUGUUGUAUGACUAACAAGCUAUGUACAGUAGAUGUACUGUUUUAGCUGACCUCAGCUAUUCUAAACAACUUAAACUGAAAAUUUUCAUAUAAAUGUGAAACAAUGUUUUGUCUACAACUUCACAGAAACCUAAGUAUGGUGCCGUUUUUUUCAGCUGAUCAUGGCCUGUGUUACUGACACAAAAACUAAAAGCUCCAUAUACAGUGACCCUAGUGGACUGGCAAGUUGCUGCGGAUCUAGCUGAUUAAGACAACCUACAAAUCCACAAUGUAACCUCGCAUAGUAAUAUGAAAGUUGCCUGCCUGGAAACGUUCUACCAAACUCAACGCUGGCCUUCUGUGAAAUUGUAGGAAGCUUUUUUUUCUCUGAUAAGAUAAUCCUGUGUGAUGCUGUGUCCAGUGAUUUUAACGUUUUCAAUUUAUUUAUUGGAAAUUGCUAACAUCAGCUCAUUCUACAUUCUGACUUACUCACGACUCAUUUUCCAACAAGCUCACAAUGAUAUGUUUCUACAAGAAGUAAAAGAGCUUUUGCUGAUGAGUAAAAAAUCAGGACUACCCUGUUAGGUAAAAAAAAAAGUCCCACAAAGCUUGAGUACUAUUUAUAUGGCAGAAUGCUGCUUUUGAAUGUGCCUGCUAUUGGUAGUGUUAGCUUGAUUCUCUCAUGAUAACUUCAGCCUGGUUUUCAAGGCUAAGAUUAAUCUCACUGUUGUCUACUAAAGGCAAUAUACUGACUACUCAACUACCACUAAACAACAAACCCACUUGGCAAAAACCAACUAUCCCUUUAAUAUUACCCAUUUCCAGAUGAAAUAGGCAAUUAUGUUUUUAGAGUAUUGCCUUACAGAGUUGUUAUUGAUAUAGUUAUUUUAAUUUUAAGAUUUAUAGUAUACAACCUUCCAGACAUAUUCUAACAAAUAAUACAAAACAAUGUGAUAUGAGUAGCCAGUGUUUGUAUGUUAUAGAAAGAUCUAAUGUUUCACAAAAUUGAAGCUUCACAAAGUUUGGCGUUGUGCCUCAGCCAAUUCUCCCGACUGCCUGUAAAAAACAAAGUGUAUUAAGGACUUUGACAAUCAUCCACCAAACCUUAUGAAUCUGAGUUUGAUGUGCUUUUUGGGAUUGUGGAUUGUCCUUCAGUUCUGUUUUAAGCCGGUAAGUACUUCUGCUUACUCUAUCUUCCUGGCAGAAAAGGGCUGCGACUUUGCCUUGGGCUGCUGAGGGGAUGGAAUGGCGUUUACACACCAUCAUGUGAGGCUCUUGAUCGAGAGAGCACUUGGCUACUCUGUCACACUUCAACACGCAUCUUCUCUUACAGCUGCUUCAGUAGAUUUCCUCCAGGAUCUCGUGUCAUGCUAACACAAUAUCUGACAAUAUACGGUAUGUGAAAUAUGUACACUUAGGAUAAAAAUGUAGGUUCAGAGGCAAGGUGUGUCUUCUGUUGCACGCACUGAGCCCUCGGUAGUGUAAAUGUGUGUACAGUUUUUAUAUGUGAUAAAUAUGCAUGUAAUGAAGCCAUGUACAAUUAUUUGUGAAUAAUGUAAAUAAAUAUUUAAUGAAGAAUCCAAUAAAUGAGUUCAAACCAA